CUUUUUCUUAAUUUCUUAACCCUUUCCUAAUUUAAUUUCUUUGUAUUAUUAUUAUUAUUAUUAUUAUUAUUACGUAUCAUCGUCAACUAAGCUUAUUAUUAUACCCUUAAGGUGGCUGUGAUAUCAUUCAUCAAAUUUUUUUUUCUUCGUGUUUAUCAGCUAUAUACAGGAAUAUCCCAAUUAGGAAAUAAUUCAAUAAGACACGAAAAAUUUAAUUUACUCCAGAUCAAAGGGCCUUUAAACGAUUAGAGAUUUUUCAAUUUAAACUAGUUUAACUUAGGUUUCAAAAGGGUUUAAAGUUAGAGGAUAGGUAGUCAACUGCAAUCAUGAGUUACUACAAUCAUCAUAACCUGCCGUACGCUAAUCAAAAUAGCGGAAAUCAAGGUAAUAAUCAAACUAAUAAUGGAUUUGGUCGUGAUAAUUCUGAUUCAUCAGUUACAGAAUUUUUAAACCCUAAUCAACAGCAACUGGGUACUUAUGGUUAUCAUAAUAAUAAUAGUUCUUCAUCGAUUAAUUUCCAACAACCUCCUGAACCAAGUUAUAACAAUAAUAGAAUCAGUUCAAAUUCAGUGUUGAAUGAAUAUUAUCAUGAUUCAAAUAUAGAUCAAGGUCAAGCUUAUUCUCCAAAUCAUCAACAACAGCAUCAAAGUUAUAUUCAACCACCAAACUUAUCACCACUUCAAACUACUGCUAAUGAUGAUCCUUUCAAUAAUCGUUAUGAAAUGAACCAACUUGGUAAUAACCCUAAUCAAUCUUAUCAAUAUGAACAACAACAACAGCAACAUUAUGAUCCAAAUCAAACUUAUUAUCAACAACCUACUACCACUUUCCAUCAAACAUUCGUUCCAAACGUCUAUGACGAUGAAGAUGAAGAUGAAAGAGAAUAUGAUCAACAAAUUCAAUAUAAUCAAUUCCAAGGGGAUCAUUAUGAUUUACUUCCAGUUCAAUUCCCAGAACCAGAACCAGAACCUUCAUUAAUCGAUACAAGACCUCCCAUUCUAACUAGAGUUGUUGAUGAUGAUGACGUUCCUGAAUCUCCAUUUGCUGAUGAAAUGCAAUUCCCUGAACCUCCUGAAGAAGAACCAAUCCGUUCCAAACCUCAAAUUGGUAUUGCACCAGGGUUAAAUGGUCAUUUAGUCCUUGAUUGUCCAGUUGCAACUGAAUUAUUAACUAAAUUUCCCGAUUAUAAUCCUGAACUUCGAGAUGGGGGAUUAUCUCGUGAAUUUUCUUAUAUGAGAUAUACCGCUGUUACUUGUGGUCCAUCCAAUUUUUAUCGUGAUGGAUAUAUUUUAAGACCAAAUCAUUAUCCAAUUCAAAGACAAACUGAAUUAAUGAUUGUUGUUACCAUGUAUAAUGAAGAUGAUAUUUUAUUAGCCAGAACUUUAAAGGGGGUAUUUAAAAACAUUAAACAUUUAGAAUCUAAAAAGAGAUCCAAAGUUUGGGGUGCAGGUUCUUGGAAAAAAGUGGUGGUUUGUAUCGUUAGUGAUGGUCGUUCCAAAAUUAAUGAAAGAGCUCAAGCUUUAUUAGCUUCAUUAGGAGUUUAUCAAGAAGGAUUAGCCAAAUCUACCGUUGAUGAUAAAAAUGUGCAAGCUCAUGUGUAUGAAUAUACUACUAGAGUCGGUAUUUCAAGUGUUACUGAUACUGUUAAAUUAACUACUGAAAAAAUUGUCCCUGUUCAAUUAUUAUUCUGUUUAAAAGAACAAAAUGCUAAAAAAAUCAAUUCUCAUAGAUGGUGUUUCCAAGCUUUAGGACAAUUACUAAAUCCUGAAAUCGUCAUUUUAUUAGAUUGUGGUACUCAACCAACUGGGAAGUCCCUUUAUCAUUUAUGGAAAGAAUUCGAUAUCGAUCAUCGUGUAGCUGGUGCAUGUGGAGAAAUUAAAGCUUCAUUAAAGAAAAGACAAAUGCUUACCAAUCCAAUCGUGUAUGGACAAAAUUUUGAAUAUAAAAUUUCAAAUAUUUUAGAUAAACCCAUGGAAUCAGUAUUUGGUUUCAUUAGUGUGUUACCAGGGGCGUUUUCAGCUUAUAGAUAUAUCGCACUACAAAAUGAUGUUAAUGGUAAAGGACCAUUAGAAAAAUAUUUCAAAGGGGAAUUUUUACAUAGUUCAGGAGAAUUAGAUCCAAAUGAUGAUGAAUAUGAAUUAAAAAAGAGUCAAUUAAAGGAAGAAGCCGGUAUUUUCACUUCAAAUAUGUAUUUAGCUGAAGAUAGAAUUUUAUGUUAUGAAUUAGUGGCUAAAAGAGGAUGUAAUUGGUUAUUAAGAUAUUGUCGUGCUGCAAGUGCUGAAACUGAUGUUCCUGAAAAAUUAGCUGAAUUCAUCUUACAAAGAAGAAGAUGGUUAAAUGGGUCAUUUUUCGCUGCUAUUUAUGCUUUAGUUCAUUUCCCAAAGAUUUGGAGUUCUUCUCAUUCAUUUGGUAGAAAAUUCUUUAUUCAUAUUGAAUUCAUUUAUCAAUUUUUAAGUUUAGUCGUUUCUUGGUUUUCAAUCGGUUCUUAUUUCCUUGUGUUUAGAAUUUUAACUACUUCUUUAAGUGAUGCUGAUUUAGGCUUUGCACCAGGUAAUAUCUUAUCAGUCAUUUUCCUUUGGUUAUAUCUUGCUUCUAUCGUUACUACCUUUGUUUUAAGUUUUGGUAACAAACCUCAAGGUACAGAGAAGUUUUAUAUUGUGAUUGUGGUUUUCUUUGCUAUAUUAAUGGCUUAUAUGAUUUUUGCAGCUAUUUUUUUGGCAGUUCAUUCCAUUCAACUGAUUUAUCGUGAGCAUACUGAAAUUACAGUUCAAUUGUUUUUACAAAACGCUGAAUUUAGAGAUUUGGUGGUGGCUACAGCUUCAACUUAUGCAUUAUAUUUCAUUGCAUCAUUCAUUUAUUUCGAACCAUGGCAUAUGUUUACUUCAUUUGUCCAAUAUAUUUUAUUAUCACCAUCAUAUAUUAAUGUGUUGAAUAUUUAUGCCUUCUGUAAUAUUGAUGAUAUUUCAUGGGGUACAAAGGGUGAAACUGGGGGUAAAUCUUUAGGUGCAGCUAAAUUAAGAGAAGAUGGUACUUUCGAUGUUAGUAUUCCAAUUUUGAAAGAAGAAAUCAAUCAAUCUUAUUUAGAUCAAUUAGAAAAGAUUAAAACUCCAGCUGUUGAUGAUGGUGGUAAUACCAAAAUUAGUAAUGAAGAUUAUUAUGCAUUUAUUAGAUCUAUGACAGUAUUAAUUUGGAUGAUAUCAAAUUUUAUAAUAGUGGCAUUAGUAUUGGAAACUGGUGGUUUCAGUCAAUUUGAAAAUCAAGCAGAUUUAGUAACUAUUAAACAAGAAAGAGCUAAAAUUUAUUUAACCGUUGUAUUAUGGUUGGUGGCUUUCAUGGCUUUAUUUAGAUUCAUUGGAUGUAUAUUCUAUUUGAUUCAAAGACUUGCCAAUAGAAUGAGAAGUUCUGAUCAUUCUACAAUGCAUAACAAGCUUCGACAAUAGAUAUUUAUUUAGAG